GGUAAAGAAGUAAAGCCUGACUGACUGACCCUCACAAAAAAAAUAAAUAAAAGGAUCUUAAAACACAAUUGUUCCUUUUUCUGUGCUUUGUGUGGUGGCCAGAAAUUCAUUUCUAGAAUUACUUCUCUUCUUGUAUCUUUCUCUCUCUCUCUCUCUAGAAUUGAGCGAGAGCACUCAGUGGACUGGCACGACUCGUCAUCGAAACGGGGGAACCUGUCUCACCUUUUCCCGAGUGGCAUUAACUGAACGGGAACGUUGACUGUCAAUCCCGUUGCGAUUCAUCGAAUCACCCAUCCCCUCUCCGUGGAGUUAACCCUGUCAACAAAGUACCCCGCGGCGAGCACUUUCUUCCCUUCUAGUACGCUUUGUCUGCUGGCUUCACCCCAUCCUCUAAUCCCUUCUUAUUAAGAUCGCAUUGUCACUCUCCCAGCUGGAAUAAUUCGGAACGUCGGUCGUCGUCCCACCACCCCUCUCACUAUGGACGGGGACGACCUCAUCGCCUCGGUCUACCGCAAGAUCGAGCGGGAAAAGGCCCUGAUCACCGCCGCGUCUAAUAUGCGACAGUCAACUGAUAACCCUCUGGUACAGCAGAGAGUAGAUGCGAAUAUCCGCGAUGGGCGGAAGAACAUUGCAUAUCUGGAGGAGAAGAUGAGGGAGCUGCAGUUACGUCGAGAAGGUGGUUCCCCCACGGAUAAGCGUCUCCCGCCCGACCCUGGCGCAGGACCCGCCCCUCCUCCGAAAGACUAUGGCGAUGAUGAGUAUGAUGCCUCGGGAGCUUACCCCCAAGGAGGAGCCGGCUCCAUGCCGACAGGCGCCCCCUUCAGAGAUCCCCGACCUUUUGCUCCAGUACCCAAGGCCCGGCCGAACUUCACUAAACUUGACUUGAUCAAAUACGAUACAGCGUAUCUCGGACCUAAGAUUCAGCUCAUGCUGUCCCAACUCGAGUUCAAGCUGAGCGUUGAAAAGCAAUACAAAGCGGGUAUUGAGAAAAUGGUUCGCCUGUAUCAAGAUGAGGGUGAUAGGAAGAGUCGCGCGGAUGCCGAGGGUCGACGAAUUGAGAGUAAUCAGAAGAUUCAACUGCUAAAGCAAGCCCUGAAGCGAUACGAGGAUCUUCACGUGGAUAUUGAAUCGGCAGACACCCCAGAUGAUGAAAGUUUGAACACGCCUAACAUGCGCAAGCCCCUAACCGGUCUAUUGACAUUGCGUAUUCAGGCGGUCAGUGACGUAGACCAUGCCACCAGCUCGAGAUUCUCUCGGGGCCCCGAGACUUUCGUCAUUAUCAAAGUUGAAGACACCAUCAAAGCUCGAACAAAAGCGACCCGGACCGAUAGAUGGCAAGAUGAAACAUUUACCAUCGAUAUCGACAAAGCAAAUGAGAUUGAACUUACUGUAUAUGACAAGGCCGGUGACAGGCCUACUCCGAUUGGCAUGCUUUGGGUGCGCAUUUCUGAUAUCGCCGAGGAGAUGCGCCGUAAGAAGCUUGAAAGUGAGCUCAACGCAUCAGGUUGGGUUUCUGCAGACAAGAUGGACCAUGGCGGUUCGUCUCGUCCUGAUACCGCUGGACAGCUGGGAUCUCCACAUACCCCGGGCUCCGCGGGGCAUUCUGGCCCUCCUGCGCAGGGUUAUGGGGUUGCUCCACCCGGCGCGCCUUCUUCAAACUCGGUCAUGAUUGAGUCCUGGUUCGCAUUGGAACCUGUGGGUCGAAUCUAUUUGUCGAUGAGCUUUGCCAAACAAUUGAAGGAUCGCCGACCCUUCGAUAUUGGUCUUAACCGACAGGGUGCCGUUCGACAAAAGAAGGAAGAGGUCCACGAGAAGCAGGGACACAAGUUCAUCACUCAGCAAUUCUACAAUAUCAUGCGUUGUGCUCUCUGUGGCGAUUUUCUGAAAUAUGCUGCCGGUAUGCAAUGUGCCGACUGCAAGUAUACCUGUCACCGCAAGUGUUAUCCGAAGGUUGUCACCAAGUGUAUCAGCAAGGCGAACUAUGAGACGGAUCCAGACGAGGAGAAGAUCAAUCACCGUAUUCCACAUCGUUUCGAGGGCUUCUCCAACCUUUCUGCCAACUGGUGUUGUCACUGCGGGUACCUGCUUCCAUUUGGACGUAAAAAUGCCAAGCGAUGCUCAGAAUGUGGCCUUACUUGUCAUGCGCAUUGUACUCAUCUUGUACCUGACUUCUGCGGCAUGUCCAUGGAAGCCGCGAACCAGAUCUUGGAAACUUUGAUUCGUGCUAAGAAUCACAACAAAUCCGCCUCUGUUAGUUCUGGUCUCAGUGGCCGCACCCUGCGGCCAGGUGGCCCGCCUCAACCCCCUCAGGACCCUGCUCUUGCAUAUCCGCAAAAACCUGUUGAGAGCCCAUAUGGGCUACCUCAAAGAGAACCUUCCGCCGAAGCCGUGAGCGCUGCGACUAACUCGUAUAUGCCCCCACAGUCCCCAACGGCCGCACAGCGACAGCAAAUGCCACCAAGAACGUCAUCAGCAGGUCCUGCUGCUGCCGCUGCCGCUGUGGCCACAGGUUUGCGCACACCACAGCCACAGCAGAUGCCUGUGGAUACAAGUCGUCCGGUGCAAACCCAGCCGCCUUCACAUGCGCACUAUGACCCUGCUGCGUACGUAUCCUACCAACAGAGCAUGGCACCACCGCCUCAACCACCGAUGCAGCAGCAGCAGGUUACGUCCCCUUACAGCAUUCCACCACAGCAGCAGCCUGUGCCAGUAAUGUCGCAGCAGGUUGCUGUGAAAGAGGACGCUCCGCCCCAACAACCAAAGGUCAGGAUUGGCUUGGAUCACUUCAACUUCUUGGCUGUCCUUGGUAAGGGUAAUUUCGGAAAGGUUAUGCUGGCAGAAACCAAGAGUACCAAGAAGCUUUAUGCUAUCAAGGUUUUGAAGAAGGAGUUCAUCAUCGAAAACGAUGAAGUAGAGAGCACCAAAUCUGAGAAGCGUGUCUUCUUGGUUGCUAACAAAGAACGUCAUCCAUUCCUGCUCAAUCUUCAUGCCUGUUUCCAGACUGAGACUCGCGUGUACUUCGUCAUGGAAUAUAUCAGUGGUGGUGAUCUGAUGUUACACAUCCAACGAGGCCAAUUUGGUCUGAAACGAGCACAGUUCUAUGCUUCCGAAGUUUUGUUGGCGCUCAAAUACUUCCAUGAAAAUGGCGUUAUCUACCGUGAUCUGAAGCUUGACAACAUUCUACUGACCCUGGACGGUCACAUCAAGAUUGCAGAUUACGGUCUUUGCAAGGAGAAUAUGUGGUAUGGCGCCACCACGAGCACAUUCUGUGGAACUCCCGAAUUCAUGGCACCUGAGGUAAAGUUCAAGUAUUCUCUUUGAAUCCUGUCAUAGUUGACUAACCUUUUGCAAAAAAGAUUAUCUUGGACAAGAAAUACGGCCGAGCAGUUGAUUGGUGGGCGUUUGGUGUUCUUAUCUACCAGAUGCUUCUGCAACAAUCACCCUUCCGUGGUGAGGAUGAAGAUGAAAUUUACGACGCUAUUCUCGCCGAUGAACCUUUGUAUCCAAUCCACAUGCCCAGAGAUUCGGUCUCAAUCCUACAGAAGCUGCUCACCCGCGAGCCAGAGCUAAGACUUGGCUCCGGACCGACUGAUGCCCAAGAGGUCAUGUCUCAUGCCUUCUUCAGGAACAUCAACUGGGAUGACAUUUAUCACAAGCGCGUUCCUCCACCAUUUAUGCCGACUAUCACCAGCCCUACUGAUACGAGCAACUUUGACCAGGAGUUCACAAGCGUCACUCCUGUUCUGACGCCUGUGCAGUCAGGUAAGCGACUAAUUCCCGCAACCUCUCUACUAAGAACUAACGAUAGCCUUUCUUUUCCUAGUCCUCUCCCAAGCCAUGCAGGAAGAAUUCCGCGGCUUCUCUUACACGGCCGAUUUCGCCUGAUCAAAGCCUAUAUCCCUUGGUGACCUAAUGCUACUCAGUCACUACAUCUAUUACUCAUUUGUUCAACGCGGACCUUGGAAUUCUUUGUUUCUCUGGCUUCUUGAUUGUUACCGGCCACCUUCAGCACUUUUUUUGCACUGGAAAUGUUUU